ACCCCGCUCAGAGUCCCGGCUACCGGCUCUGGGCAUCCUCUGUUUGAUGCUUCCUCUCUCUGUACCAGCUCUGACCAUCUCCGGAGUUGGGAUCUCUGGGGUCUGCCUCACUCAUUGAAUGGAGGAGUGUUUCCUGAGCAGGGCGGGCAGGGUCUUCUCAGAGUGGAAGCCACUGAUCAGGGCUCUGUCUCCCUUGUCAGAGGCCACCUGCAAGGGCGGGAACGCGAAUGGUCUGUUAGGUGGGCGCCCGCGGAAGGAGAAUGCCUACGCGCACUGCAAGUUGGGAAGUGGGUGAGGGCAACGCUGUGCCUCCACCUUUUAACCGGUGCUCCCGAGGCAAGGCUGUGGCUCUAGCCUAGACGCUCCCCGGGCAAGGGUUAUAUCCUCUCAGGAAGGCUUGGCUGACAGAACCAUUCUCUUUAUGGAUUGCGAUGAACUGAGGGCAAGGUGCCAGCCCUUUUCCGUGCAGCUCUUUUCCCAACUAGAUGGCUAUCUCUUGAAGGCGGGCCAAAACAGCUCCCCAGUGGUCAGCUUUAUGCCUGUCAGUUUCCUAAGAUCUUUCCUUGGUGAUGUUUUAGGAUAUGACAGUUGGUUGGCAGGUAGCAGUUAAUUAAGACGGGGGUUUGGUUAAUAAUGGAUUGGAGGCAACUUGGGAAUAGUGGUUCUUUAGGCUCUGGGGCCAAUGGGAUGGCGCCAUAGGCACUGGCAUUUGUCGCCAAACCUAAUAAUAUCAGCGGGCAGCUCUCACCUCGUCUUUUUCGGAAGCUGCCCCCCAGGGUGUGCGUGUCCCUCAAGAGCAUCGUAGACGAGGAUUUUCUGUAUGCAGGCCAUAUCUUUCUGGGAUUUUCCAAGUGUGGCCGCUAUGUCCUCUCCUAUACCAGCAGCAGCGGGGACGACGACUUCUCCUUCUACAUGUAUCACCUCUACUGGUGGGAGUUCAACGUCCACAGCAAGCUCAAGCUGGUCCGGCAGGUGCGCCUCUUCCAGGAUGAGGAGAUCUACAGUGACCUGUACCUGACUGUGUGUGAGUGGCCUAGCGACGCGUCCAAGGUCAUCGUGUUUGGUUUCAACACCCGCUCAGCCAACGGCAUGCUAAUGAACAUGAUGAUGAGUGACGAGAACCAUCGUGACAUCUACAUCAGCACUGUGGCCGUGCCACCUCGGGGCCGCUGUGCUGCCUGCCAGGAUGCCAGUCGUGCCCACCCAGGGGACCCAAGCGCACAGUGCCUGCGGCACGGCUUCAUGUUGCACACCAAAUAUCAGGUGGUGUACCCCUUCCCCACCUUCCAGCCCGCCUUCCAGCUCAAGAAAGACCAGGUGGUGCUGCUCAACACCAGCUAUUCCCUGGUGGCCUGCGCUGUCUCCGUCCACUCGGCAGAGGACAGCAGUUUCUGCCAAAUCCUAUACGACCACACAGCUUUGCCCCCGGCCCCGCCCAGCUCACCAGGACCUUGGAGCCCUGAAGCAGUCCCUGCCUUCUCCAGCCUCGGCCUUGAGGUGGUCUCAGCCAGGCCCUCUGGUGCCCCGGAGCCCUCCCCAGCCAUUGCCAAGGCCAAGGAGUUUGUGGCUGACAUCUUCCGCAGGGCCAAAGAGGCCAAGGGAAGUACCUUGGAGGAAACUCGGCUGCCCUCUGGUCUGGGGCCCUCAAGCAGCCGCUGCCGCCCAUCCUCAGAGCCACCAGCCCCGAGUGGGGAAGUGGUGCCCAGGGACAGCCCUCCUGCUGCAGAGGCUUCUGCCCCGGAGCCUGGCUACAUCAACUACACCAAGUUGCACUAUGUGUUGCGGUCUGGGGAAGGGACAGAGCCUGAGGAUGAAUUUGAAGAUGACAAGAUCUCCCUGCCUUUUGUGGUGACUGACCUCCGUGGUCGCAACUUACGGCCCAUGCGAGAGCGGACAGACAUGCAGGGUCAGUACCUGACAGUGGAGCAGCUCACACUGGACUUCGAGUAUGUCAUCAAUGAGGUCAUCCGCCACGAUGCCACCUGGGGUCACCAGUUCUGCUCUUUCAGUGACUAUGACAUAGUCAUCCUGGAGGUCUGCCCAGAAACCAACCAGGUCCUGAUCAACAUUGGUCUGCUGCUCCUGGCCUUCCCAGCCCCCACUGAGGAGGGCCAGCUCCGACCAAAGACAUAUCACACCAGUCUCAAGGUGGCCUGGGACCUCAACACAGGCAUCUUUGAGACAGUCAGCGUGGGGGACUUAACAGAGGUCAAAGGACAGACCAGUGGCAGUGUCUGGAGCUCCUACCGGAAGAGCUGUGUGGACAUGGUCAUGAAAUGGCUGGUACCAGAAAGCAGUGGCCGCUAUGUGAACAGAAUGACCAACGAGGCACUGCACAAAGGGUGCUCAUUGAAGGUUUUGGCAGACAGUGAGCGGUACACUUGGAUUGUGCUGUGAGGGCUGCACCGCCCUGGACCCUGACUCCAACUACCUCUGCGGGCUCAGGAGAGGACUGCCUUCCUGGGCUGGCCCUACAGGGGCCACAGUCGGCACUAGUGUUAGGUUGCGGGAUGGGACUGGUGCAGCAGCCUCUGGUGGCCCAAAGUCUGGAUGCGUCUUUAUUUAUGCCUAUUUAAGUUGGGAAAGGGCAGAAAGGAGCCCCUCCAGCCAGGCCUGCCCCUGCAAAGCCCCGCCUGCUUCCUGUGCUCUGGCCCUUUCCUGGGCUGCAGGUGUAUCCCUCCAGGGAGGCCCAGUGGUUCCAGCCUCCCUCACCUGGGGUGGGGACCCUGUGGCCACCUUGCCUUGUUCUUCAUGUACUAAAUGCUUUAUUUCUGAUCCUGGCUGGUGUCCCCUUUCUGUCCUCAGCGCACACCCCCCACCAACCCUGCCCCAGUCAUCAGUAGACAAAGAUCACAGCAGUAUUUAUUGUUUUAAGAAAGACUACAAAAAGGUAGAAAACAGCACACUAAACUACCACGCGCGUGGAUACUUUCACCACUGGGAAGGGAGGCCCCAUGGGGAGUGUGCAGGACCACCCCAAAAGCUUUAGCACGCGGAGCACACAAAAUAGUGAUUUCUAUACGAUAGGCCAGAUUUUCCUUUUUUUUUUCCAUAAACAUCUAUCACAGAUUGAAGACACUGAGAAAACGGGAACGGAUAAGGCCAUGAUGGUUGGAAAAAAACCCAACAAGUUACUGACUCCGCUCAAGCGGCACUCACUAAUCACAAUAGUUAUGGGGGUAAGGGGGCACGGCACGGAGGAGAAGCAUCUCUGGGAGCAGGUUUCGGUCACAAGCUGGUGGGGUGGAAGGCGCAGGGCGCGGCCUCAGGUCUGGAGCACCUGGCCCUGCAGCCAGCCCGGUGUUCCUCUUUGGAAGCUGGAGGCCGCGGGCCCUUCACAAUAAGCCCCUCUCUGGGCUGCGGGGCCAGGAGAACCCAGCUCUGGAGAAGGUGCGACACCCACAGCUUUAAUUGCACUUAUACCAAGAAAGGGGAGCAGUGGGGCUGCUGCUGCUGCUGACAGUGGGGGGGGGUCCCAA